CUCUGAUGAGGACUCCUAUGAGGGGUUAGAAGAGGAUGGAGGCAAGGAGCGAGGAUGCCGAUAAGAAUUUGAUGAGCCUCGUCUCUAGUAAGAGAAGUGGCAAAGAGCGAAAAAUGAGUUUAGAGUUUGCUUUGGUAAGAUUGUCUCUGAGGGUCAGCUGGAGGACGGAGGGCACAAGGAUGCCAAUAAAAAUUUAGCAAGCCUUAGCAUCAGUUGGAGAAGAAGGAGCAAAUGGCAAAUGGGUGGGGUUCACUCCAAUCAGAGAAAGAAUGGAUGAAUAGGUGGAAGUGUAAUGGCGAAAAAAGGUUAUUGUUAGGGUUGAACCAUUGAAAAGAGUAUAUAGGUUAGGUCGGGUUGGGGUUUGAGUUGAUUAUUGUCUACAAAUUCAAACCGAAACUGAAUUUAUUCUUUCAAUUUGAAAAAUUUUGAAACCGAAAUGAUAGGUUCAGAUCAAGUUUGCUGUCCAGUGGGUUUUUUACACAGAUCUAGUUUUAAGCAUUGCUGGACGGCAUGGAUGUACCUCCAGCGGGGUAAUCCACAUGCAAUCUGGCCUAUUUUGCGGUCUGGGCCUAGCUUGGGGAAGGGAACAGCAAAGGUUCCCUAAGAGGGGGGUUUGAGACCUCUGACAAUCCCAAAAGUUCUCUUUUUGCUUGAAAAAGUAAAGAAUUCUUCCUUACCUUUCAUGCACGAGAAGUCCGAACACCGAAAAGAAAAGCUUGGAAUAACCACUAGCUAAUGCAACCUUAUGAUACGGGUUGUAUAUAUUGAUGCCAUCCAGAUCGAAACCAGCAUCAACACAGUAUUUUGCUCUCUCCAAAAUGGCUCACAUCUACACUGAUUUCCAGCCAUCCAUCGAAUGGACGCAAGAUGCCAAGAAUAAUGUGCUGCGCAUUUACCUUCCAGGUUUCCGUAAGGAUGAGUUCAGGGUCCAGGUCGACAACUCUGGGAAGUUGACCGUAAAGGGCAGGAGGCCACUUGGCGAUGGCAAAUUCAUGCAUUUGGAGCGGGUUUUUGCGGUUCCUAAAGAUUCACAUACUGAUAAGAUCAGCGGGAAAUUUGAAAGCGGAUGUCUCUCUUUAUUCAUGCCAAAGAAGGUCCCAAAAACGGCAGAACCACCGAUGCGGAUGCCCGUCCCUCGGAUGCCUAGCCCACCUCAACCCAUCCAGGAAGCGGAGCCAGCGGCUGAUGACAUCAAAGAGGAAGCUCCAAUACAAAAAGACCAGCCAAAGAGUAGUGCGAGAAAAGAGGAAGAACCCAUACAAAAAGUGAAGGCAAAAGAUGGAGAGGAGAUAAAAGCAGCAGCUCCUGUUCAUGAAGAGAGGCCGCUCACAGAUGAGAAGAAAGAGGAACACCUCAUCCAAGACGAGCCUAUUCGAAAGAAGCCAAUGAGCAGCGCGGCCAGCGAUGACAGGUUUGAAAAAUGUAAGAAGACAGGGUUGGCUUGGAAAGAAACAAUUGAGGAGGGGGUGGAAAGGUGGCUGGAUUAUGGAUUGAUGGAUGGAUUAUUGGAGACAAUCAAAAAGAAUAAAGAGGUCAUUGCAGUAGCUGUUGCAGCCUUCUCCGCAGGGUUUUAUGCGUCUGGAAAGCUGAGGUCAAGUGGAAGAUGAGAAGGGCAUUCAACAGCCAUCUGCAGUUGCACCUUGCCCUAUAUAAUGCUGUUAAACAGCUUCUAAUGUGCUAAAAUUCACUAACUACCACAAUUAUUUUGAUCUGCAUGAAGAUCGAAGAAUGUGAAAAAAUUAAUGAUCCAUUAUUGUCAUUCAGUCAGAUGUAAGGAAUGGUAUACUAAAUAUUGGAGUACAACUGUUCAAGCAUAAGUUCUCUACAUACGAGGAAGAUUAUAGAGGUACAUAGUGAAAUAAAAGUACACAUACACAUAUGAAUUCAGGGCUAGGUUUAACUCAAUGCAAGAAAAAAUGGCCUGUAAUACAAAUGUAAUUAUUAAUAUAGUGAUACACAUGUUCCAGGCCUUAUUGAUAUAUCAGCUCUAUCUGGGACUCCAGCUGGGAACCCCUCUUUAUGUUAAAUAAUAAAUAUUAUUUUUCUUAUACAAUAGUUGAUAUAAACUUUACAAAUCAA